AAAUGUACCAACACUAUGAGAAAACUAAGAAUGCUGUUACUUAGACGUCACCCCUGCGUGUGUAACACGACGGCUGCACUGCUAUACCUAAUUGGCAAAGUUCAAAGUUCAUUGAGAGACUUAUUUGACUAGUCAUUCUAUUGGAUUACGUCAACAACGCACCUAGUAUUCCCCUGUCGACACUUCCGCGUUACGUGGCACAUCAAAGGCGAUUUAGACACCGUUACUUAGCGAUCAUCUAUCUGUAUAUCAUUACCAGCCUAUCACCAUGUCGACCAUGCUGCGUGUUGCGGGCACACUUCUCCCUGUAGACGUGCAAUGCCGGAGGUUUGUUACGGCUAAAAGGUAUGACCUGGCCGAGACGGGGUACGGCCGCGCCCUUCUGGCCGCCAUGUCUGAUAUGGACAGGCUACAGGAGGUGGAGGUACUGAAGAACCUGGGAGACUUGAACUUGGAGAAAGGAAGACUUCACAAGACCGAAGCCUCGCGGAACUUGGAGCGGGGCCUGAACCUGUACAGGGCCGCACUGCUCCGGUGUGAGGACCCGGGGGAAGGGGAGUCUCUCGUGCAUAGGGUCAAACUCGCAGAGAAACUCAAGCAAAACACGCCCAUAGCUGGCUCACAUGGUGACACAGUCAUUCCUACUGUUGCAAGGACUUCAGAAAUCUUUCAAGACCUGGAUAAGACAUGGGCUAACGGUGGUCAUAUGGACUCAAUCUUAGAUGGUUUCACGAAGUUUCUUGUAGAAGGAAUAACGGAGAGCAACAAGCUGUUAGAAGUAGAGGCCAUAAAAAGUCUUGGAGACGUGAACCUGAAGAGAGGAAGAGACUUAAAGGAGCCCAGACACUUGACCAAGGCUACAGCCCUGUACAGCACAGCCCUGGAGCGAUGUGACGAUCCACAUGGGAAAACCGUCCUCUCACAUCGCUUACUGCACGCAGCAAAGGUCAGGAGAGACAUGCAGGCAGUUAAAAGACGGGUGACUUCCAAAGGGAACAAAGAAAGCUAUAAGCUGCCACCUGUACGUCAAUGUGUUGGUGUCCAUAGCGAGGACGGUAAUGUGUUGGCGUCUACACCCAGGCUGUACAAAGAACACCUACAGAGAGGUGACGAGGCCGUACGGAGAAGAGACCUGGACUCAGCAGAGCAGCACUUUUCAGCAGCACUCAGGAUCGUACAUGUCAGAGAUCCUACAGGUCUACAGUACGCAAAUGAAUUCUCACCCCUGCACAAGUUGGGCGAUGUCUACUGCAGGCGAGGCUGUCAAACAGGAGACGGGGGAGACUUUGUCAAGGCGGCAGCACUGUACCAGGCAGCAGUAGCCAGGUCAGGGGAUGGGGUCUUGAACACUGAUAUUGACGAAACAAUUGUCGAAAUGGAAAUAUUGUUUAUUAAGCACGCUUUAGGCAUAAUUACUGUUAAUAUAAAGGGAGAGAACAGUCAUAAAUACAGAGACAGUCUAUACAAAAUGCGACACCAAAUCAAACAGGAAAUGAAAACCAUUGACAAAGAGCUGAACCCCUACAUACAUGAUGAGGAAAGUCAGUUAGCAAGGGAGAUAGAAGCCAAGCGAGCUGACGCUGUCAGAGGGUUGUUUGAGAAAAUUGCUGAAGAUAGAAAGGCAUUGAUAACGCAACUGGUAGAUGAGUGUAUCGCAGUGAUGGGCCCCCCUCCCUGUAAGUAUGCCCUGAUAGGUUUGGGUUCGCAGGCCACAGGACUGGUAACUCCAUACUCAGACCUGGAGUUCGCCAUCUUGAUAGAGGAGGAAAAUGAAGCAAAUGUCGCAUAUUUCCGGCGACUGACUCACUACCUGCACCUCAAGGUGGUCAACCUGGGAGAAACCAUCCUCCCAGCCAUGGGGAUAACAAGUCUGAAUGACUUCUACUCAGACGACCCACUGGACAACUGGUUCUACGACUCUGUUACACCUCGUGGGUUUGCAUUUGACGGCUCCAUGCCAAAAGCAAGUAAGACUCCACUGGGCAGACAGGGGACUUCGACUGAACCAACUAGUGAACUCAUCUGCACCCCAAGGAACAUGGCGGGAAUCUUAAAGAACGAUGCAUCCUUGUACCUGAAGGAAGGAUAUCACCUCGCUGGAGUUUUGAGAAAUGCUUGUUUGAUAACCGGAGAGCAGAGUCUCCUUGAUGACUAUGCCGAUAUUGUGGCCGAGACACUGAAGGCUCAUGGUGGGAAUAUGGCUCGUAGCCUGGCAAAGGAGAUGAUUGCAGAGAACUGGACAAGUCCUGAAAACGAAAGACCUACAGGAACACUAUUGGAUGUAAAAAAGGAAAUUUACAGAUUCCCGUCUCUUGCUGUAGACUGUUUGGCACUAUGUUCAGGUAUUACACCAACCACAGUGUGGAAAACUAUAGAAGAGAUGGAAACUAAAGACGUUGUCGGUGCAGAAAACGCGCAUCACCUGAAGGUGCUGGUUAGCAUCUCAGCAGAACUCAGGCUGAGAACCUACAUUGCAAAUGGCGGCCAGAAGGAAAACCUGUCAGCUCUGUCGGCAAUGACGACAUCAACAGACAAGAGCAUUUACCAAACCAGUGACUUGCAAAAGGUGUUUUAUAUUCCCGAUUUGAAGCAGUUGUUCAGGUAUUACUUCACAGCAAAUCCUCUUAAGAAUAUUCUGUCAAGUGAGCAAGUUCCUCUCGAGGGCUUUGAGUGUCUGCUGCUGACUAUUUCCAUACAAUUAGGUCUGUUGUUUCAUAUCAAGCUGUUCAGUAACCCGCCCGGAGUAAAAGGAGAGUUGUACUCUUUGUAUAACAAUAACACGGAAGCCAUUAGAUGCUAUGAAGAGGCUCAAAAAGACUUAACGACUAGACCGAAUCAGGCUGCACUUCUGGCAAAGUUGGGGUUAUCCUGGGCAGGUUUAGGAGAUUUCAGGAAAGCUAUCGAUUACUACGAACAGGCGUUACAAAUGUUUAAGACAUGCUACACUUCCAGUACGGAGCACCACUACUUUGUCUGGGUACUACUCAAGCUAGGAUCAGCAUGGCAUAAUCUUGCUGAUUUUAAAAAAGCCAUCAGCUACUUUGAGAAGGCAUUGGACAUGUGCAACAAACUUUAUGGCGAAACUACAGUGCACUGUGACAUUGCUGAAGCACUCAACGGUCUAGGUUUAGCUUUUCAAAGGCUUGGAGAUCACACAAAAGCGCUGGACUAUUUUCAAAAGACAUUGGAUACGGACAGAAUGGUUAAUGGUAUGAGUACAGAUCAUAUUGAAAUUGCCACUUCACUCCACAACAUUGGUCUAGGUUUGCAUGAAAAGGGCGAUUUUAAGGAAGCUGUUAGAUUUUAUGAGCAGGCGCUGCAGAUGAGAAAGAACCUGUACGGGCAGGGUACUGCACAUGACGAUAUCGCAGUCUCCUUGACGUCACUGGGAGGAGUCUGGCAUGACUUGGGGGAUCCCCGGAAGGCUAUCAGGUACCGGGAGCUGGCGUUGCAGAUGUACAGGGCCAUCUAUGGUGAGACUACAGCACAUCCUGAUAUCGCAUACACUCUCGGCAACCUUGCAGCUUCUUGGAAUCACCUCGACAAAAGCAAAGCCAUCAGCUAUGCGCAGCAGGCACUGGAAAUUAUGAAAAUACUCGGUGGUAACACUCAUGAUGGCACUGCAAAUGCCCUUAUGAACCUCGGAUCAGUUUGGUGGGAUUUGGACGAACAUAAAAAGUCAACAAGCUGCUAUGAAGAGGCUCUGCAUAUAUUAAGAAGUAUUCAUGGUGAAAGAGCCGCACAUCCCAAAAUUGCCAAGGUUCUUAAUAACCUUGGAACAGUCUAUGAUAAAAUGGGUCUUCAUGAGAAAGCAAAGCGUUACUAUGAUCAGGCACUUCACAUGUACAGAACUGUACAUGGUCCAAACACAGAGCACGCAGACAUUGCAUUAUGUCUCAACAACUUACGAUAUGCAUUGUGUUGUUUGGAUGGAUACAGGAAAGCCUUGAACUUCUUUGGACAGGCAGUACAGAUGCAGAAAAGCAUAUAUGGUGAAAACACAGCACAUCCCAAUAUUGCCAUCUUCCUCUGCAACUUAGUGUCUGUCUGGCUACGUCUGGGUGAUUACCGGAAAGCUAUAAUCCACUAUGAACAAGCUCUCCAGAUGCAGAAAGAUGUCUAUGGUGAACAUGCAGCUCAAAACGACAUUGCCGGCUCCCUCACUAACUUGGCGACAGCCCAUAUGGGUCUCAAAGAGUACAGGAAAGCACUGAACUUUUAUGAGCAACUGUUGCAGGUGAUCCAGACUAUCCAUGACUCGGGUUCAGCACACAACCACUUAGUCCAUAUACUCAGAGACAUGGGAUUUGCCUGGCGCGGUCUCGGUAAUCACAGGAAAGCAAUUGUCCACUUUGAACAGGCGGUGGAGAGGCUGAGAGCCAUCCAUGGUACAGCACAUCCUCACGCUGCCCCCAUGCUCCACUCCAUUGGAACAGCGUAUCUUCGCCUUGGUGAGAACAGAACAGCCAUUGACUACUUUAAGCAGGCCCUGCAGAUGCAAAGAAAAGUUUACGGUCCGCGUGCAGAAAAUCAGGGUAUCGCUGAUUCACUCAGCUGCCUGUCCUCGGCAUGGGCUGCUUUAGGAGAGUAUCGAAAAGCGAGAAGGUACGGAAACCAGGCGAGACAGAUGAGACGCAAACUGGGUCGUCAGGAGUCCUAA